UUUGGUAAGCGCAUAAGAUGGAGAGGCAAGUUCAUGGAGGCGGCGGAGGAGAAGAUCCUUGGCUUGCUCGAGACAAACUCUACCAUGUAAUAUUCUGUUUCUCAAUCUCUCUCAUCUUCGCCACGCUCGCCUCUCUCUCACGUUACUCGUUUCUACGCCGUCACUCCAUCUGGAUCGGAUCUGCGUUCUCACUCUCCGCCGGUGCGGCUAAAGAAGCUGGUGAUCAAUUUGGUAUCUUUCCUUCAGCAGGUGCCUCGGCAAGAGACGCAGUCGCUGACGCAAUUGGAGUUGUGAUUGCUGCUUUGGUUCUCUUCGUUUGGAAAUCUCGCAGAUCACGUUCUGAAUCGAGUCAAAUCCGACCCAUCCUUCCGAUUUGAAUACAAGAAACAAUUUAAAAAGCUUUGUUUAGUGUAGUUGUCAUCCAAGAAGAAUCUCCCAAUUUUAUUCAAAGCUUGAUCAUCGAUUUGUGUCAUGACUCAUCACAGUGUUUUUGGUAAUCUCAUUGAUUCUAAUUGUCGAAAUGAAAACAUUGAACUGUGUGAGUGAUUGUUGGUUGAAUUGUAUGAUUCAUGAAAUCUAAUUUUUUUUGGAAUUAGUUCAGUGUUGGGCUCAGCACUGUAAACUUUUCGUACGCCAUUGCUCAUUCCGAGGAUCAUCAAGAACCAAGCAACAUUGGUCUGUCUGUAACAUUAAAUGAAAUUUGGUCAAAAGUCAAAACAGUAGUCAAGAUGGUCAUGGGUUCAAAUCACAAUUUUGACAUAGUAUGAUUUUUAUUUUCUGAUAUUUCUUUUUCCCUAAUU